AUGAAACUUUUCUUCGCCCUCGACACCACUUUUCUAGCUCCUACUCUGGUCGAGGCGGCAUAUAUGUACAACUGCUUCAACGUCGAGGAACCUUUUCGCAAGACCGCGACACGUUUUUGCCAUGAACUCGGCGGGAUCUGCCUUGAUAAGAUGACAAAGCUUAACUCAGUAAACAUACCACAAAAUCAAGACAUAUUGUAUUCUAGGGUUAAUCGACUUUGUCAGUGCAUUAGAGACACUUUGAUUACGGACGAAGACUGCGCUAAAUCCUGCCAGAAGCUUGAGAACGGAACGAUCUGCGUCAUCGAUCGGUCUCGCGACGCGAACGCGAGUGCAGGCGCUUCUCAUUACAACACAGGAGAGGCUCAUCUGUGCUUUGUGAACAAGGACUAUUUGUAUAUGUGCAGAAUAACCGCCUUUGUUUGGACUUUUAAUCCCCGCACUUUCCAACAACGCAAUUACGGAUACAGCUUUCAUUCUUCACCUUUUGUAACCAACGACUACUCCUCUCGUCCUACAUUGAUUGCGGCCAUGUUACCCAAGCGCAAAGCCACCUCCCUGAUCCCACCAAACGCUGCCUCUGCGGCUGGCUAUACCGAUAUCUCCAGCGCCUCUCCUAAUAAACGGUCUCGUCUCUCCAAGCCUCUGCCGAAAGCUUUCUCAAAAGUUGCACCAACUGUCAAAGCCAUAUCCAGAGUGGACGAGAGUGGUGCGCCUGGGGAACAUGUCAAAAAUGAUGUAAAGUUUGACCACUCCAGGCUUGAAGAGCGAGCUGGUAUCAUAGAUAGGAGAUACUAUCCUGCAGAAAUGAACAACGAACGAUGCGCCAUGUACAACGAGAACAGUCUAGUGAGGCCGAUCGAGGCCCUGAACCAGACAUUGACAAACACAAAGGACAAGCGAACUACGAUUCGUGACGGAGAAGGGGGAACAAGUGGAGACGCAGUCAUACAUUGGUUUAAGCGCGAUCUGCGUCUCCGCGACAAUACCGGCUUGUCGAAAGCGUAUGAAUUGGCGAAGGAAAACAAUAUCGGAGUGAUUGGUGUCUGGAUCAUGAGUCCACAAGACUGGGAGGCUCAUCUCGUGAGUCCUGCGAAAUGCGAUUUCGAACUUCGGUCUGUGGAAGCCUUGAGCAAGGAACUCAAUGAGCUUGACAUACCGUUACAUAUCGAGACAGUAUCGAGGAGAAAGGAGGUGGCCUAUCGUAUGGUUGAGCUGGCACAGGAGUGGAAUGUCAAAAAUGUGUACUGCAAUCUGGAGUAUGAGCCCGAUGAGCUGCGUCGCGAGGAAAGAUUGGUGCGCUUGAUGUUGCAAAAGGGCAUAAAUUUCGACCCACAACACGAUGAUUGCGUUGUACCACCUGGUAGUUUGAAAACCGGUGGCGGAAAGCAAUACGCCGUAUACUCACCCUGGUUUCGGUCGUGGUUAGCCCAUCUCCAUGCGCAUCCCCAUCUGUUAAACGAACGAACGAUGCCUGAAAAGAACCCUUCAGGCUUCCGCGAGAGAUUUGCGAAACUUUUCGAUUCUACAAUACCUGAAUUACCAGAGUCAAAGAGUCUGACUGAAGAUCAGAGGAAGCAAUUUCACCAUUUAUGGCCGGCUGGUGAAGCAGCAGCAAUCGAACGACUUCGAAGAUUCUUAACGGAGAAGGUCGCAAAAUACAACGAUACACGCAACUUUCCAAAUCUGAACAGCACUGGCCGCGUGAGCGCGCAUCAUGCUGCUGGAACACUAGCGGCGCGCACUAGUGUACGACUGGCGAGAGACAUGAAUACCAGCAAAAAAUUGGACGGUGGUAAGGAUGGUAUCAAAGUCUGGAUCUCUGAAGUUGCUUGGCGAGACUUUUACCGACACGUCCUCGUACAUUGGCCUUAUGUGUGCAUGAAUAAACCGUUCAAAUACGAAUACACAAACAUCGAGUGGGAGUACAAUGAUCCGCACUUCCGCUCUUGGACUCAAGGCAAGACGGGUUACCCUAUCGUCGACGCAGCAAUGCGAUCCCUCAAUCAAACAGCAUACAUGCACAAUCGUUUACGCAUGAUCACGGCGUCCUUCCUCGCAAAACACCUCCUUCUUGACUGGCGGCUUGGUGAACAAUACUUCAUUUCUCAUCUCAUUGACGGUGACUUCGCAUCCAAUAAUGGUGGCUGGGGAUUUUCUGCCAGCACAGGAGUGGACCCACAACCAUACUUUCGCAUCUUCAAUCCAUGGUUGCAGAGCGAGAAAUUUGAUGCCGAGGGAGACUUCAUUCGCAAGUGGGUGCCCGAGUUGCAAGGCGUGGAGGGCGCAGCAAUACACAAUCCUUAUGCAGCUGGUGGCAAAGCGGCGCAGAUAGCGAAGAAAAACAGAUAUCCGGAGCCCAUUGUAGAGCACAAGUUCGCCCGAGAAAGAUGUUUGGCAAGAUAUAAGGCCGGAAUCGGUAGGGACACUGCAUGA